UUAAAUAAAAAAUCAAAUUUUAUUGAUAAGAAAUGGCAGCUAAUAAAUUUUGGAAAAAGAAGGAAGUAAGAAAUUAAAUCUAAUCUAAAGUUAUCAAGUUUAGAAUAAUAAGUAGGAUCAGCAUUGACAUAAAUCGAAACAACAAUCACUGAAGUUAAAAAUCUCAAAGUGUCAUCUGUUGUUGACUACACUGCAAAAAUUAAUGCAAAGAAAUAGGUCUAUUUGGUAUUGAUCCCAUAUCCAUGUUUGAGCAUUUAUAAUAAGAUUAGGUAAGAGUUUUGAUUAAAUCAUAGCUCAAAAUUAUUACCUGAAUUAGAAAAGAGAGUCAAAGCUACAAUCUUAGUAGCUGCCAAAAGAACAAUAGAAAGCAAAUGGGUAAAGAGUCACAGAUCUUAAACCAGACCUAACUCAAGAACACUUACAUCUGUCUAUGAGGGUUUACUUGAAGAUUUGAUUAGUCCAUCAGUCAUACUUGGAAGAAGAACAAGAGUUAGAGUUGAUGGCACUAAAUUUUAUAGAAUGUAAAUUAGUUGUCAAUAAAAUAUAAAGAUUCCUUGAUGAAAGCGAUCAAAAAGAAUUAGAACAUAGACUUGAUGCAAUUAAAGAUGUUUACAAAGUACUCACAACUAGAGAUUUAGAAUUUGAAUUUAGAAGAGAUGAUACAUUCUAUCAAAAGAGAGGAGCAAAGAAAGUAGCCAAAAAAUGAAUUUGAUUAUCAUAAGUAUAGUAAAAUACAUAUUUUAUAUCUAAGAUAAAUA